CAUCAUUGGAAUUACUUCCAGAGAAAUCACGAAAAAAUUACACAAUUGUAUAUAACAGCUUUAUGGACUGGCGACUAAAAAUUGGCACAAAUUCGUUUUCCGAAGACACUUUGUUGGUAUAUUUCAAGGAAUUGACAAAAAAAUGUAAAUCGUCUACAUUGUGGAGCCAUUAUUCCAUGCUUAAGAGCACACUUAACCUUAAACAUAAUAUGAAUAUAGAAUCUUACGCAAAAGUUCGAGCUUUAUUAAAAAGGCAGUCAGAAGGCUACCAACCCAAGAAAUCAAAGGCAUUUACUGGAGAUGAAAUAUACAAAUUUAUAACUGAAGCACCGGAUACUAAAUACCUAGCCACGAAGGUUGCAUUAAUAAUGGGAGUGAUGGGAGCUUGCCGCUCAAAUGAGUUAUAUGAAAUGAAAACAAAGGAUCUGCAAUUUUUUGAAGGUUGCAUAAACGUAUCGGUUCCAAUUACGAAGACAAAAGUUCCCAGAAAUUUUACUGUUACCGGAGAUUUUUAUAAUAUCGUCAAAAAAUAUUCAGAGCUCAGACCAUCGGAUGUAUCAAGUUCUUUCUUCCUAAAUUUUCAAAAUGGGAAAUGCACAAAACAAGUUAUUGGUAUAAAUAAAUUUGGAAGAAUGGGUAAAGAAAUAGCAGAAUUUUUGAAACUACCGGAUCCAGUAAAAUACACAGGACAUUGCCUUCGACGAUCUUCUGCCACUUUGUAUGCUGAUGGAGGGGCCAAUAUGACUGCCCUUAAACGCCAUGGGGGAUGGAUGUCAGCCUCUGUGGCUGAAGGUUAUAUUGCUGACUCUAAAAUAAAAUAAAAUGGAUGCCGCCAAUAAAAUUUUGCACCAAAUCAAUCCAAA